AUUAACUUCCUGGUUGAUUGAAAUCUUGUGAAAUGAAGAAAUGUUAUAAACAAACAUUUUUGUAAAGAAAAAAGUAUUUUUUUUUAAUCAAGAUGGCAUUUUUUUAAUCCAUAUGACAAGCAGAUACCUAAACCAUGUGAGUUGUGUGAAACUGACACAAACAUUAAAUGGAAAUGUGUAGAAUGCAAUACACUUAUGUGCAGCGACAAAUGUAAGAAAAUUCAUUUAAAAGUUCAAACUUCGAUCUCUGACAUGACAUUGUUGAUGUGAAAAGUUCAGAGACUAACCAAAAAAUGGAACACACUAUUAUUACUGAUAACAUUAACUGUCAGAUUCAUAAGAGGAAGUUGAAUUGUAGGUUUUGUCGAACAUGUGACCACUUAUUGUGUCCAGAAUGUAUAACCACUUCCCAUAAAAAACAUGACCAAGAUUCUAUUGAAACAGUGUGCAAUGAAAGAAGAGAGAAACUGAAAGAAAUAAAAUCCACAUUUUCUGAAAAAUUCAUACUUUUUGAAAUAGAAAACAGUAAAGCUAAUGAUUUUAAAGUAAAAUAUGAGCAAUUUUCUGAUGAGUCUGUUAAAAAAAUCAAUCAACAAGAAAAGUUGAUCAUAGAUGAAGUCAGAAAAUAUGCUAAAGCACUUAGAGAACAACUUAAAAGUGAAAAGCAAAGAAUAGAAAAAUCUAUCACAGAAAGAGAAAAGCAUAUGGAAGAAGUCAAGGAAAGUUUGCUUAAUAGGCAAAGCAACAUAAUAGAAGUAUUAGAAUCAAAUCAAGGAGCGCAAGUGUUCAAUGUUUGUUCAGAAAUCUGCGGAAAAGAAAUUCCAGAUAUAUCUUUCAAGACAUUUCCAGAGGAAACUAAAGAUUUCAUUCCUACAAAUGAAAGCAUAAAGAUCGUUAUCAACUUCUUUGGAUCACUACAGAAAACCAAACUACCAAAGGGAUUGCCACAAGUGAACUUAGAUGUUAUCAAGAGUUAUACUACAGAUUUUGAGAUGGUAGAUAGAGUGGUAAUACAGGAUGACAAGACAGCUUGGAUUUGUAAUGAGCAAAUACCUACUCUUCAUAAAAUAAACAUUGAUGACAAAAUCACAACUGUUCAAAAUAUGUCAGUUAAGGUUUAUGACAUGUCACUGACACACAAUAAUAAUAUUCUCAUGUCUUUGGAUAACAGUUCUGAUGUCAAUCUGUUAACACCAAAAACAGAAGAAAUCAAACCUUUCCUAUCUGUGUCACCACUGAUACCACUCGGCAUACAUGUCACUAAACAUAAUGAGAUUAUACUAGGUGUUAAGGAGAGGAGUGACAAACUCACAGACACAAGUUGUAGGAAAAUUAUAAUCUUUGGGAUGGAUGGGAAACAAAAACAAUCAUAUGAGUAUGAUAAAUUUAAACAGAGAUUAUUUACCGUCCCUUUUAGAAUAACAUCUAAGAUAAACAAUGACAUACUGGUUAUAGAUAGAACAUCUAAUACUGAUGGGAGGGUGGUGGUUCUUAACAGGGAAGGAGAGGUCAAGUGGACCUAUCAGGGACAUCCUCAUGUCAGUGUAGGGGAUCAACAAUUUGACCCUUUUGAUAUAGUGACAACAUUAGUAGGACAUGCUAUAGUGACUGAUUUUAUCAACCAUACCUUACAUGUCUUGUCAGGGGAGGGAGAUAUACUGACAUUUAAAGUUAUGAAGGAGCAGGGGAUUACAUAUCCAACGUCAUUGGAUAUUGGUACAAAGGGACAGUUAUGGGUGGGAUGUCAUUCUGGGGAUAAUGAAAGAACAGAAGCCAAGCUACAAGAAGUGAAGAUGUCUUUUUAAUUCAAUACAAUUUUUUUUAAAUAUUAAGUGAUGAGAAAAGCAAAAUUGGUCCUUGGGCCAGGUUAGCUAUAAGUUCUCCUACCUCUAUC